AUGAGUUCGAGCCGAGCCGAGUCUGGCUUGCCUAACAAGCCCAACGUUCGAGUCACCAUCAUUGCCGCCGAUGGCCUCUAUAAGCGUGAUGUUUUCCGCUUCCCGGAUCCAUUCGCCGUUGCUACCAUCAAUGGUGAACAGACAAAGACGACCAGCGUCAGCAAAAGGACGCUGAACCCAUAUUGGAAUGAGAGUUUCGACUUCCGAGCCAACGAAGGCAGCAUUCUUGCCGUCCAGGUUUUUGAUCAGAAAAAGUUUAAAAAGAAGGAUCAGGGCUUUCUUGGUGUCAUAAACAUUCGCGUUGGAGAUUUAAUGCCAGAUAUCAGUCCAGACGCCGAUGACCAGAUGAUUACGAGAGAUCUUAAAAAGUCCACAGAUAACCUCGUCGUCCACGGAAAGCUCAUCAUCAACCUGUCUUGCAACUUAAGCACUCCUAUCCGCAACGGACAGGGCUCAUCGAGUCGCCCAGCAGCGAACGCUAGCACUUCCAACGUUUCUACCCUGUCCGCUCCGGCCAACGAAAACCGACCCGGAUCUGCCAUGUCUUCUACCAACGGCAACGGCCUUGGUGUUCCGAGCGGCGCCGGCCCUCCUCAUCCUGCCAGCGCUGGCCCGACACCGGCUCCGUCCCAGGGCGGUCCGGCGGCACCUCGACCGACCAGCCAACUGAGUCCAUUUGAGGACGCCCAAGGUCGCCUUCCUGCUGGGUGGGAGCGGCGUGAGGAUAACCUUGGACGAACAUACUAUGUCGACCACAACACUAGAACCACGAGCUGGAACCGCCCUACUGCCAACGGUACCGGGGAAAGCCGCAACGAAACCACUCAGGCCGAACGAACCCGACACCAGAACAGAACCCUGCCCGAAGACCGUACCGGUAGCAGCUCGCCCACCAUGCAGUCUGGCUCGCCCAGCAGCAGCCCCCCGCCACCGACUGCUGCUGCGGCUAGCAAUGCCGCUGCCAUGAUGCACACUGGGGCUACAAGCCCCGGAAGUGGCGAGCUGCCACCUCUCUGGGAGCAGCGCUGGACUCCCGAGGGCCGCCCAUACUUCGUCGACCACAAUACCCGUACGACGACCUGGGUCGACCCCCGUCGCCAACAAUAUAUUCGACUCUACGGCGGUCAGAACAACGCAAACGGUCAGAUUCAACAGCAGCCAGUAUCUCAGCUUGGCCCUCUGCCUAGCGGCUGGGAGAUGCGACUCACCAACACAGCCAGAGUAUACUUUGUCGACCAUAACACCAAGACCACUACUUGGGAUGACCCACGCCUUCCCUCGUCUCUCGACCAGAACGUGCCCCAAUAUAAGAGAGACUUCAGACGCAAGCUCAUCUACUUCCGUUCGCAGCCUGCUAUGCGCAGUCUCAGCGGCCAGUGCCAUGUUAAAGUCAGGAGGUCCCACAUCUUUGAAGACUCUUUCGCCGAGAUAACUAGACAAUCGGCUACUGAUCUGAAGAAGCGACUCAUGAUUAAGUUUGAUGGCGAAGAAGGUCUUGAUUAUGGUGGUGUUUCGCGAGAAUUCUUUUUCUUGCUUUCACACGAAAUGUUCAACCCCUUCUACUGCCUCUUCGAGUAUUCAGCCCACGACAACUAUACUCUGCAGAUCAACCCCCACUCCGGCAUCAACCCGGAACACCUCAACUACUUCAAGUUUAUCGGCCGAGUUGUUGGCUUGGCCAUUUUCCACAGACGCUUCCUUGAUGCAUUCUUUAUUGGUGCUCUGUACAAGAUGGUUCUGGGUAAAGCCGUCGCCUUGGCCGACAUGGAGGGUGUCGACGCCGAUUUCCACCGUUCGCUGCAGUGGAUGCUCGAUAACGACAUCUCGGGCGGCAUUCUGGAGCAAACAUUCUCCACUGAAGACGAGCGCUUUGGCGUCAUGACCACAGAGGACCUUAUCCCUGACGGCCGUAACAUUGACGUUACCAACGAGAAUAAAAAGCAGUACGUUGACCUCAUGGUCAAGUGGCGCAUUGAGAAGCGCAUUGCAGAGCAGUUCCAGGCGUUCAAGGAAGGGUUCCAUGAGCUCAUCCCUCAUGAUCUAAUCAACGUCUUUGACGAGCGUGAGCUGGAGUUGCUCAUUGGCGGUAUUGCAGAGAUUGACGUGGACGACUGGAAGAAACACACCGACUACCGCGGAUACACCGAGUCGGAUGAGGUUAUCCAAAACUUCUGGAAAACCGUACGCUCCUGGGACGGCGAGCAAAAAUCACGUCUGCUACAGUUCACGACUGGUACCUCGCGAAUUCCCGUCAAUGGUUUCAAGGAUUUGCAAGGCAGUGAUGGUCCUCGUCGCUUUACCAUUGAGAAGGCCGGCGAGCUUGUCAACCUUCCAAAGGCACAUACCUGUUUCAACCGUAUCGAUCUGCCCCCAUACAAGGACAUGGAAACGCUGCAGCAGAAGCUGACCAUUGCUGUUGAGGAGACUAUGGGAUUUGGCCAAGAGUAA